GCUGGCUUGGCGCUGGGAUGCUGCUGCAGGCGCUGCCUGAUCCCGGGAGCAGAGCAGGCGCGCGCCUUAGCCUGGCGCGGUGAAGGGCGACCCGGAGGCCACAGGUUUCUCACGGGCGGCGCGCGAUGCAGCGGACCGUGGCGCUGGUCCGGCGGGGCUACGGUCCCCGGGUCCCUGGCCCUUGGGGCCGGGGCCGGAGCCGGAGCAGCGCGGCGGCCGAGGCCCCAGCGAUGCUUAAGGUGCGGUCCGAGCGCAGCCCUCACGAGCGGAUCCUCACGCUGGAGUCCAUGAACCCGCAGGUCAAGGCAGUGGAGUACGCCGUGCGCGGACCCAUCGUGCUCAAGGCCGGCGAGAUCGAGCUGGAGCUGCAACGGGGUAUCAAAAAACCAUUUACUGAAGUCAUCCGUGCUAAUAUUGGAGAUGCCCAUGCCAUGGGCCAGCAACCUAUCACCUUUCUCCGACAGGUGAUGGCGCUCUGCACCUACCCAAACCUGCUGGACAGCCCUAACUUCCCAGAAGAUGCUAAAAAACGAGCUCGACGGAUCCUACAGGCUUGUGGUGGAAACAGUUUGGGAUCCUACAGUGCUAGCCAGGGUGUCAACUGCAUCCGUGAAGACGUGGCAGCCUAUAUCACCAGGAGAGAUGGUGGUGUGCCUGCAGAUCCAGACAAUAUUUACCUGACCACCGGAGCUAGUGACGGCAUUUCUACCAUCUUGAAGAUCCUUGUCUCCGGUGGUGGCAAGUCACGGACAGGAGUGAUGAUCCCAAUUCCUCAGUACCCCCUCUACUCGGCCGUCAUCUCUGAGCUUGAUGCCAUCCAAGUGAACUACUACCUAGAUGAGGAGAACAAAUGGGCACUCAAUGUGAAUGAGCUCCAGCGGGCAGUGCGGGAGGCCAAAGAUCACUGUGACCCCAAGGUGCUCUGCAUCAUCAACCCUGGGAACCCCACAGGCCAGGUACAAAGCAGAAAGUGCAUAGAAGAUGUGAUUCACUUUGCCUGGGAAGAGAAGCUCUUUCUCCUGGCUGAUGAGGUGUACCAGGACAACGUGUACUCUCCAGACUGUAGAUUCCACUCCUUUAAGAAGGUGCUUUACGAGAUGGGGCCUGAGUAUUCCAACAACGUGGAGCUUGCCUCCUUCCAUUCCACCUCCAAGGGCUACAUGGGCGAGUGUGGCUACAGAGGAGGCUACAUGGAGGUGAUCAAUCUACACCCUGAGAUCAAGGGUCAGCUGGUAAAGCUGCUGUCCGUACGUCUGUGCCCACCAGUGUCUGGACAGGCAGCCAUGGACAUCGUUGUGAACCCCCCAGUACCAGGAGAGGAAUCUUUUGAGCAGUUCAUCAAGGAAAAAGAGUUUGUCCUGGGUAAUCUAGCCAAAAAAGCAAAGCUGACAGAAGACCUGUUUAACCAAGUCCCAGGACUUCACUGCAACCCCUUGCAGGGAGCCAUGUACGCCUUUCCUCGGAUCUUCAUUCCGACAAAGGCUGUGGAGACAGCUCAGGCCCAUAAAAUGGCUCCAGACAUGUUCUACUGUAUGAAACUCCUGGAGGAAACUGGCAUUUGUGUGGUGCCUGGCAGCGGCUUUGGACAAAGGGAAGGCACUUACCACUUCAGGAUGACCAUCCUUCCUCCAGUGGAGAAGCUGAAGACAGUGCUGCAGAAGGUGAAGGACUUUCAUAUAAAGUUCCUGGACAAGUACGCCUGAGGACGCCUCAGGCCCUGGAGGAGACCCCCUCCUUGGGUCACCCAGGCCUCUCCCCCAACUGCCUCAGAUCUCAUGGAGGUUGCUGGUUCUAUUCAUGGUUAUUUUGCCCAGGAGACUUCCUUCUUUGUGCCUUGAUGUUGGGAGUACUUCUCUUCUGAGCAAAUGUAAAUGCACAAUGUCUCACAGGCCCUGAUUUUUUUUAAUGCAGCUGAAAUAGAGAGGAUUUGCUUAGCAGAUGUGGCCAAUGUUGGAAAGUUUCUUUGGGGUUAGAAAUAGCUAGGAUAUGUUGGGUGAGGUGUCUCAGAUCUAGAGAAAUCCGCAGGUACCAGGAAAUAUAUGGCUCCAUCAUGGUGAAGAAUGGAAACCGAGAAAUCAACAACGUGAUCUAUGAAAUAAAGCCCCUGAUGGUGUAAAAAUCUAGUCCUUUAGAGCCUGAAGUACAGUGGAGGCCCACAUCUUUCUGGCAGUCCAUCUUGGACAAGAAUGGUGAUGGCAGGAGUGCAAGGGAGAACAGGAUGCCAGGCUAGGUUGUGGUAGACGCUGAAGGACAUGGCCAAGGUCAGAGGUCCUUUGAGGGAGAAUGGAUAUGGCUACAGGUAGAGUUGAGUCUCCUCUUCUGAGCAAUACAGCAGGUAGUAGAACUCAAUAUACACUGAGGGCCUUACAGAGUGGUCUCUGUGGACUUCUGGGACACGGUACAGCCCAGCAGUAUCCCAGCUAUGUAGAGUUCUUCCUGGUAGCAUGUUGAUCUAUCCCAGUGGAAAAAAUAGUAACAAUUGUUCUCAAGGGCUUCACUGAGCCUUUUUACACAUUGCCCCCUGCUGGUUGCAGCAGAAUCGAAGAAAGACUAUCUGAAUUUUGGCCAUUUUGGAGCUCUUAAUAGGUAAAAAUUCUUGGUAGACUGGCUGCUGUGGUGAAGUGACUGAUCUGACUGGACACUAGCUCUUGCUGCCGGUCUUAGCAUUAGAGAUAUCCUAAAGCCUCUGCCAUCACUCCCAGCUACACUGUUAGCAUCUACCAAGCAUGCAGGUUCUUUGGCGUCAGCAGUCUGGGGUGGAGCCAGUCCAGGAAGCAGGUAGAACAGGCUAAGUACUCUCAUUCUCCUUAAGAAGCCUUUCCCUUCCUACCUGCCUUCUCCAAUGUGAAGUGAGGAAAGCGAUGACCAGUUCAGGAGCCUGAGGACCCAGCACAUCCCACUGUGGAACUGAGGGAUCUGAAGAGAGAAAUGAGAAGGGCUGCAGAAGGAGUUUGAAAUCGGUUCCCAUGCCAUAAAUUUUCCCUCUGCAGGGAAUGUAAUAGGAAAUCUCAAGCUGUUAGCAUUGCAGUUGCUGCAAAACAUCCAUAAAUCUCAAAUAACAAAAGGGAGUGUUCUGGAGCUUUUCCUUUCUGAAAAGUUAGAAUGGUUGUACUCGUGCUUGCUGUACGGCAUAUAAGCUAGAUAUAUCCCA